CAGGACGCGAUAGAGUGAACACUGCCUGGUCAUAUACUGAGUGAUCAGAUACAGUGAUCAGAUAGAAUCCGCUUUACUCUUAGUGUGCUGCAUAUGGGCUGCAGUCGCGCUUCGUCCACUUUAUAACACGGUGUCACGCAUGAGUGCAACAUACCUUCGCCACUGACCACCUUGCAUUACGUUUGUAUUUCUUCAUUCAUCAGCACCUCCAGAAGUAUAUACGUAUUCUCAACCGUUUUAGGCUUUUCUUUGGAAGCAACUCAUUUUCGAAAGUGGAGCAGCGGAGGAAGAAAACGUGCACGAAGAUUUCAAAAGAUUUUGUAUUGAGGUAUGUGACGCCGUGGCGAGGAAAUGGGACGAAGAAGAAUCAUGCAAUUCGGAAGAUUCUUCCAUCCUCUGGCCUGCUGAAUUCACUCAAUGUGCAACCGACUUCGAGCGAGUUUGUGUGCUCAUGAAAUUGCCUGGUAUUCGUCGAUUCUCUCUACUACCUGCUUCAAGAAGUGAAGGCUGCCGGAAUUCACUAAAGAAAGAUGAACUUUCGAAUAUGUUGCGUGAUGCGGGCAAUGACGCCUGGAUUUCACAAAAUACUAGGCUAGCCUUGGCACUAUACACCAAAGCCCUAUUCUGUGCUGAGACCGACAAAACAAGGGCAUUCGCCUAUGCCAAUCGAUCCUGUGUUCUGUAUCGCAUGGGAGCCCACACGGAGACAAUUCAAGAUAUCGAACGCGCAAUCCAGCACGACUAUCCACAGGACCGCCGUCCGCGACUUCUUGCACGACGAGGCCAAUCCCUCCUGGCGAUGCACCAGAUUGAUGCAGCACGGGCUGCAUUUAUGGAGGCCCGCCAAAUGAUUCGGUCCAACUCGUUCGUCAUUCAUUCACAUGAAAUCCAGGAGCAACUAGAAAAAGGCCUACUAAAAUGUGCACAAAUGUCACACAGACCGGAUACACAUACCGAUCCUCCGGUGUCAAGUCCAUUGUUCAUCAGGCAACACGAAGUUCCUACAAUUACGCAGCCACGAAGACGUAGAACGAAGAAAAUCAAACGUGCAAAUUCAAAGAAUCAAAGGUCACCGAGUCCGGAGAGCCACGGCAAAGCCGCGUACAAGUGUACAUUGGGAGGACAAAAAGCUGGAUGGCACUUGCAGGCCUCUCGAAAUAUCGAGGCUGGAGAAGUCAUUCUGAUUGAGAAACCAUACGCCCGCCGGAUCGACAAGCGCUUCCUCCUCCAACAUUGCUAUCAGUGUUUUAAACGAUGUUUGAAUCUCUUGCCAUGCAAAAAGUGUUCUGAGGUUGGUUUUUGCAGUACGGAAUGUGAAAAGGCUUCAUGGUUGCCGGAUGCGAGCGCCGAAACAUCAGACACGUCGGACGCUUCACCAAUACCGUCGAGUGUCGUCCGCUCUAGUCACAGAUAUGAAUGUGGUCAGAUUUCACGUGUAGACUUUUACGACUUUGCCGGAUGGCGUUGGAUGGGGAGAAACGAGCUGCCGUCUGGUGUCUCGGAAUUCGUGCAGCGUUAUCGAAUGCGGUUACUUGUCCGGCCACGGGAUAGCAAUUAUGUGAACUGCAAUAUGACGUGGCUUCCGUUUGCUUGCAUUGCGCGUACAGACCAAAAACAUCUAAAGCGUUUGAUCCAAGACACACUCGCACAGACAGCAUCGACCGAUGGUACGCAGUGUGCUUCCGCCAGGCUUUUGGCUUUCUCUAGUCAAAACCACUGUCCCCCGCUGGAUGAAACUGAUGAUGACUACCUCUCAAUCGGGCGUCUUGGCCUGCCAGGAGGACGGGUCGCGCCACACAAGCUUUGGCAACUCACAGUGGCGGCCGUGUUCCUGACACACUGUCUGUCAGCUGGAGGUUAUGAACUUGACUGGGGAAGACAUUGUUUAUCAAACGCAACUGAUGACCCAUUACCUGCGUCAUGGGCAGCUGCCUGUUUAUUGCAUGACCUACAAACUGUGUCCCUGCUGGCGACAAAUUCGCUCCAGGUAGAGUACACCACGCCCAGUAGCUAUCGUCAAUUUCCAAGUUGCCUGAUUGAGUCCAACCGUGGAAUAUCCCUGAUGGGAGGUAAUCGCCUCAGAGUUGGUUGCGGAAUAUAUCCAAUGCAGGCUAUGCUGCUGCACUCCUGCGAUCCAAAUACAUUGACCGUCACGACGAACAACGGCACAGCUGUACUGUUUGCAGCGCGGCCCAUAAGAAAAGGGGAAACACUGCAUAGAACAUUUGGUAUGCACUAUUUCAGUCAAAAUCGAGUUGAGCGUCGUCUAGUUUUACUCAUGAUGUACAAACUCGAAUGCCAGUGCAACGCCUGCAAAGAGGAUUGGCCUGUACCCCUUGAAGAUGUGAAUAUACGUUGUCAAAAUUGUCAUCGAGCGAUCCGUUUGACAGGAAGACACUUACAAUUGGCGGACGAGCGAAGACCGAAUUGUCAUUGUCCAUUGGGAAUGCAACAGAGGUUCCUUCAUCAGUACAUGAGGAUCCGAUCUGACGUCACUGAGCAAAUGCGACAGUUUACAGACUAUUGUCAAAGCACUCCAUUCGACCAACUUUCGAUUGCAGCACUGGACAAAAACAUUGAUCGGUAUCUUCAGCUACUCAACAACGAGUCGGUCGAAUCACUCAUGAUGCCUCCAUCGAUAUCGGUGGAGCUGAUAAAUCGAUCACUAGAUACCGGGCUACAAUUGCGCUAUGGAUGUACGUUUGCAAUGACAGAUAUGUCUUCAUUACAUGAAAGAGAAGAAGAAACAUCAGAAUGCCAAAUUUCCUAAAACUAUGGAAACUCUGAGGCUUUGGCCUGACAAAAACCAAUUCCUUUUCUCGUUCGAAACGGACGAUUAGAUCACUAGAGUCGUAUCAAUCUAAAGUUGAGGCAUUUUGAUUCGGUUUUCUUUAUUUUAAAUAGCCUAUCUAUUCUCAUUCUCAGAAGAGCGGAUUACCAGUUCCAAACCUUGUGGUUUUCCAACGCUUUCUGAAUGAAACACAUCAGAUGUAAGGAAACAGAAAACCAG